GUUUUUUAUUAUAAUUACUGCUAAGAAAACAUCAAUUAUUAGAAAGAAAAAAUGCCUGUUCCAGUUCUUGCAUACAACAACGUAAAGCCUGCUGGUACUCCAGUCGACCUUAAAUCUGCUAAACAUGUCAAACUUUUCCAGCCUUUUCAGCAGAAGUCUAUUACCAUGGAUAACCGUAUUGGCGUUUCCCCUAUGUGUGUGUACAGCGCUGUAGACGGACAUCUAAAUGAUUUUUACGUCACCCAUUAUGGCUCUUUUGCUUUAAAAGGGGCAGGUCUUGUUAUCAUUGAAGCAACUAGUGUAUCUCCAGAGGGCCGUGUCACUCCUCAAUGCGCUGGUAUUUGGAGCGAUGCUCAUAUUCCAGGUAUCCAAAACGUCGUUCAAGUGAUUAAAUCCCAAGGUUCUGUCCCUGGAAUGCAACUUACUCAUGCUGGUCGUAAGGCUUCUACGGCUGCUCCUUUUAAGGGUGACUACAUUGAAUCUGAUACUGACGGAGGGUGGUUAAAGGAUGUUGUAAGCGCAAGUGAGAUUCCUUUUGCUCCUCAUUAUCCUACCCCUCGUGCCAUGACAAAGGAAGAUAUAAAGAAAGCCGUACAAGAUUUUGCCGAUGCUGCUGUUCGUGCCGACAAGGCCGGUAUCGAAUUGUUGGAAAUUCAUUCCGCUCACGGACUUUUAAUUGGUAACUUCCUUUCUGGUAACUCUAACAAUCGUACUGAUGAAUACGGUGGAUCAUUCGAAAACCGUACUCGCUUUGCUCGUGAAGUUGUCCAAGCUGUCCGUGCUGUCUGGCCUCAAAAUAAGCCAUUCUGGGUCCGCAUCUCUUGUACCGAUUACACCAACCCUGAACCUAUGGGUCUCGAUCCUAACGGUUGGGAUAUUCAGCAAUCUAUUCAAUUAGCUAAAGAAUUCAAGAAACUGGGUGUUGAUACUGUUGAUUGUUCCAGUGGUGGUAAUAUGAAGGGCGUUAAAUAUCCUGCAAUUCCCAUGUACCAAGUUCAAUUUGCUGAAGCCAUUCGUCGUGAAGCUGAUAUUUCUACAGCCGCUGUGGGUUUAAUUGUCGAGGGAAAUGAUGCUGAGAAAAUCCUUGCACAAGACAAGGCUGAUUUUAUUUUAAUUGGUCGCGAAUUUUUAAGAGACAGCGCCUUUGUUUUGGCAGCUGCUCAGUCCUUAGGCAUUGAUAUAACUUGGCCUAAGCAAUAUUAUUGGGCUGUUAAAAAGGCUCGCCGUCAAAACACAAAUAAGGAACAACAAGAAGAAGCAACAACUAUACCAUAAAUAUAAAAUCGUAACAAUUAUAAAAUCAUCAAAAGAAGAGAUACCACAAUAAAUUGAAUUUAAUGCAAAUAUGUCCCC